GCACGUCACUCCACCUAAAAAGCCUUCCCUUUUUAGUCGGAAGCAUAUAAUCCAUAACAAACUCUAAAUUAAAAGAUCUCGAAGAAGUACAGGAGUGUAGGACACUCAUAAUAGGGGUUUCGCCGUCUUGUUUGCAGAAAACCAGAGGAUGGGUUCGGGCUUUAAAAAGAGUGGUAUAGCUAAGCACAGCACGCUGAAAAGGGUCGAUCAUGAGAUUGAACGACACUUUGCGGAGGAGGCUUACAUGGAAGGUUUUAAGAAGAACUUGGAGAAACUAGAUAGCAUUUAUAGAAAGUGCUUGGCAAAUUAUAUCGAAGCUUUUGCCCUCUAUCCAGACAAUGAAAAGUUACAAGACUUAAAACUUGAAUAUGCAUAUUUCUUCAAGAUUUUUGAAGAAUCAAGUCCAAGUACUAGGAGUCUCUACUCUGCUCAUUGUUCGGGAAGCAACUCUAGAUCAUGCACCGAGGAAGAUAACGAAAACAAAGAAAAGGGAACAUAAAGAAACUGCAGCUAAUGACGUGGGUGGGGAACGAGAAAAGGGAAAAAGUUCUUGAAAAAUGUGACGAAAUAUAUGCAAGGAAAAACACCGCUUAAUUGAUUAUGCAGCAUGACUUUAAUGUUUGUUUUAUUUUGUUAAGGAUAUGUGUUAAGAAUCAAAAGUUUAAUCUUGGCAGGAUAGCUUGUAAGGGAAUUCCUAUGAUGAAGAUUUAUUAACGAUCUAUGUUUUGUUCUUCCUACA